GGCUCCGCCACAUCAUAUUUACACGGUUUAAAACAGAGCGGUGAUCUUUUCUCAACAUGCUGAGUUCAACCACUAUUUGUAUCUUUUUUUCACACUGACCCCAUGCGCACGGGGUGCUCCUCGAGGGAUGCAGGGUUUCCAAGACCUGUGAGAUGCAGGACUAUAGAUGUGUGUAUAAUGAACUAUAAAGGCAGGCAAGCGGCCACCAAGGAAACACAAGGCUGGGGCAGAUGUCCAGGGAAGAUGAAUCUGUGGCCGCCUCCCGAAAGCUGGUCGACGGGGACAGCUUGUGACCACGUCCUGGCAAAUCGGCUACCUCUCGUCCACCUCCGACCCAACCCCCGAGGCACCUGCUUUGCCAACCUCACCCAUCUGUACGAUGGCAGUGAGAGAAAUGAUAGAGUCUGCGACCUGCCUGUGAGGCAGUGAAGGCACGGAAACUGGAGCAGCGCAGGACCGGGGUUCGUGUACUUGAGGAUGAAUUCCACGGUGACCCAAGGACUGACCCAGGGCCACCAACUCAGGAAUCUGAGCCUGGGAGGCCUGCCCCCCAGUAAGGAUCCAUCAGGUGGCCGCAGCUCCUCUUCAGGAUGCUACGAGCAGCUCCUGAUCUCCACUGAGGUCUUUCUGACUCUGGGCAUUGUCAGUCUGCUGGAGAACAUCCUCGUCGUGGCGGCCAUCGUGAAAAACAAGAACCUACACUCGCCCAUGUACCUUUUCAUCUGCAGCCUGGCAGUGGCCGACAUGCUGGUGAGCGUCUCAAAUGCCUCGGAGACAAUAGUCAUGGCUCUGAUCACCGGAAGCCACCUGAGCAUCGGUGCCAGCCUGAUCAAGAGCAUGGACAACGUGUUUGACUCCAUGAUCUGCAGCUCCCUGCUGGCCUCCAUCUGCAGCCUGUUGGCCAUCGCCGUGGACCGCUACAUCACGAUCUUCUACGCCUUGCGUUACCACAACAUUAUGACAGUGCGCCGGGCCCUCACCAUCAUCUCGUGCAUCUGGACUUUCUGCACGGUUUCAGGCAUUCUCUUCAUCAUCUAUUCAGAGAGCACCACGGUGCUCAUCUGCCUCAUUACCAUGUUCUUCACCAUGCUGGCACUCAUGGCCUCGCUGUAUGUGCACAUGUUCCUGCUUGCGCGCCUGCACAUGAAGCGCAUCGCCGCCUUGCCCGGCAACGCGCCCGUGCCCCAGGCAGGCAACAUGAAAGGCGCCAUCACCCUUACCAUCUUGCUCGGUGUCUUUGUGGUCUGCUGGGCACCUUUCUUCCUCCACCUCAUCCUCAUGAUCUCGUGCCCACGCAACCCCUAUUGCGUCUGCUUCAUGUCCCACUUCAACAUGUACCUCAUUCUGAUCAUGUGCAACUCCGUCAUUGACCCGCUCAUCUACGCCUUCCGCAGCCAGGAAAUGCGCAAGACCUUCAAGGAGAUCUUCUGCUUCUGGCACAACCUGCCCAGCUGGUGUGUCUGCGAACUGCCGAGUAAGUACUGAGAACAUGUUGUCCCACCUUCGAACCAUCGAGGAAACUGUUAUAUUUUUUUCAAGUGCACCAACGGGAGUUGAGAGGAGCAAUAUUUUUUACCUGAUUUUCUCGAGAGUUGGCUUGUAGGGGAUUCACAAACGCAUUCCCACACGAUGGCCUCUGUUGCAUGGUUCAUGAGGUAGGUUAACACAACCAUCACUGCAAGAGUAAUACUCAUUUUACAUCAGUUUUUUUCUAGAUGUACUGUAGACUUUACUGCACACGACCCUGAAACAAUCACAUAGGUUACGCGAGCACAGAGAAAAACCUUGGAAAUCACCGAAACUUUAAUAUUCGGACUUAAAAUCCGCAAAGCAUCCGCCUCUACGUUAUGAUUAUCAGUUGUACUUUGUUUGCAGGUUUUGGGAGUGCAUGAAAUUGCAUGGAUUUACUAACCUCUCGACCCAUUCCUGAGCAGUGCACUUUGUGACAGUGUCAUUUCUGUUUUUCACAGUAAAACUAAAAAUGUUGCCAAGCAUGAUAAAACUCGACAGUUAAAUGACUGCUGAGUUGUAACUCGCAGUAGAAAUUUACUGUCUCUGCUUGUGGUAAAGCCGUCAGUGGUGCCGACACAUAAUGUUUACAAGCAUUCUACAAGCUGUUUUACUUCUAUUUUUAUCAUUAUUCUUAUAUUGAGGCUUGGUAGUAGGAGAGGAG